UGCUCACGGAAUCCAGUUUCGUAUAAAAGCUCUGCCCGCCACGUCAGGAAAUUCGCUGUUAGUCUCUCGCCGCUCUGCAAAGCGUCAAUCUUGGGCUUUAUUCGAGGUUAUCGCUGAAGAACCCCAGUCCGGGAAUUCGUUGGAGCCACAGCAUCAUCCUGAGCAUCACGCUGCAACUGAAAGCACUCGUCAUCACAGAUACAGUGCAAGAGCCCCAUUACAGAGGACAAAGUCCGCCCCCCAAUUGGAAUCACUUCUACUCUCAUCCUCUCCCACCAACCUCCAUCAUCCCAGCAAAAUGUCUAAUCAACUCGCUGCACCAAAAUCUGACUCCUUCAAUGCCCGUGUACGCGGUACCAGUCACAUCGAUUUCAAGACAGCGACCACUGGAGUCGCUGCAAAAGCCAUGCGCAACGAGAUAAGCCAUCUCGUAGCGACUGUCGACGAUCCAGCUACCAAGAGGGCUUUUGAUAUUGAAAUGCAGUCGUUCUUCUUCCUCUUCACGCGUUAUCUCGCUGAACGCGCUAAGAGCCAAGAGCUCGACUGGGAUCGUAUCAAGUCUCCUGCUGAUGAUCAAAUAGUUCCAUAUGCCAGCCUUCCCUCCUCAAAGGAUGUAAAGAACCUCAAUAAGCUCGCUGUUCUCAAAGUCAAUGGUGGUCUUGGUACAUCCAUGGGAAUGACCGGUGCAAAGAGUGCAUUGGAAGUUAAAGAUGACAUGACUUUCCUUGAUCUGACCGUUAGGCAAAUCGAACACUUGAACACCACCAACCGCGUCGAUGUUCCCCUCAUUCUCAUGACCUCCUUCAAUACCCACGAAGACACCCUCCGCAUCAUCAAAAAAUACGCUAACCAGCAGUUGCGUAUCACCACUUUCAACCAGUCCAGAUACCCCCGUAUUUUGAAGGAGAGCCUCUUACCCUUGCCAAAGAGGGCAGAUGAUGAUAAAAAGAAUUGGUACCCCCCCGGCCACGGUGAUUUAUAUAAUGCCCUGCUCCACUCCGGCGUACUCGACCAGCUGUUGGCGGAAGGAAAAGAAUACCUUUUCGUUUCCAACUCGGACAACCUGGGUGCUGUGGUUGACGAGAAUAUUCUCCAACACAUGAUGGAGACUGGAGCUGAGUUCCUCAUGGAAGUCACGGAUAAGACGAAAGCGGACGUCAAGGGUGGAACUAUCAUUGACUACGAUGGUUCCAUCAGGCUCCUUGAAAUUGCUCAAGUUCCUUCAGAGCAUGUUGAAGAUUUCAAAUCAGUCCGUAAAUUCAAGAUCUUCAACACCAACAAUUUAUGGAUCAACCUUAAAGCGCUCAAACGUAUCAUGGAGAACGAAGGAAUGGAGCUCGAAAUCAUCAUCAACCCUAAGGUGACUGAAGAUGGCCAGGCUGUCCUCCAGCUCGAGACCGCUGCCGGUGCCGCGAUCAAGCAUUUCAAGAAUGCUCACGGGAUUAACGUUCCUCGUAGCCGUUUCUUACCUGUGAAGAGCUGCUCGGAUCUUCUCCUUAUCAAAAGUGACAUCUACUCUCUUCGACACGGUCGGCUUGUCAUCAACGAGCAGAGAAUGUUUGACACCACACCCGUUAUCAAAUUGGGUGACCAUUUCAAAAAGAUCCAGCAAUUCCAGAAACGUUUCAAGAAGAUUCCAAAGAUUCUUGAGCUCGACCACUUAACUGUUACCGGCGAUGUAUCCUUCGGUCGUAACGUCACGCUGCGCGGGACGGUUAUUGUUGUCGCCAAUGAAGGCCAACGGAUUGACAUUCCUGACGGCUGUAUCUUGGAAAACCGCCUCUUGUCUGGUAACCUCAACAUGAUUGAACUAUGAACGACAUUGUACUUUAAUAUACCCCGGCUUACUGCCAUAGAUCUGACGACGAAUUGUAUGGACCUUUAACGCCGAACGCAAAGAAUUAAACCAUUACUACCUACUUUAACUCUACGAGGCCUUGUUUCAACUUGUGUCCAUAUACUCGGUUCAUCAUUUGAGCAUUACAAACUCGAAACCUUUGUUACAUUUUC